CCCCCAAGGGUAGUGCUGGCGGAUGUUGUGGACUUGGUACUGGGGCCGGCCCGGGUUAUUGGCUCAAGGCGGCUGCCGAGACUCACUGGCUUUCUCUGCCUGGUUGCGGGGACCGUUUGCUCUGUGAUUGAACCUCCUUUCGUCCAGGUGUCGCUCGCUUGGCGUUCCAAACCAUGAAUUAUGUGGGGCAGUUGGCUGAGCAGGUGUUCGUUACAGUGAAGGAGCUUUACAAAGGACUGAAUCCAGCUACCUUGACAGGAUGUAUUGAUGUCAUAGUGGUCAGGCAGCCGGAUGGCUCAUUACAUUGUUCACCCUUUCAUGUUCGUUUUGGCAAGCUUGGUGUUUUGCGAUCAAAAGAGAAGGUGGUUGACAUUGAAAUCAAUGGAGAACCAGUCGAGCUGCAGAUGAAACUCGGUCACAAUGGUGAGGCUUUUUUUGUGGAAGAAACAGAGAAAAGUGAGGGUAUUGUUCCCACACACUUAACAACGUCUCCGAUUACUGUUGAAGGAGCUUACUUUACAAAAGAAUCAGAUUUAUCUGAGAAUCAGAACUUGCCAAGUUCAUUUACUGGACCAGAAAUAGAUAACACAGUAAAUAACACUUCAGCCAAAAAGAAAAGGCGUCGCAGAAGGAAGCAUAAACCGGAGAAUUCAAAGAAAGAUGAUCAGGAGUCCUCUUCAGAUGAGCAAGAUUUACCCGAGAUGGAUGUUAGUUCAGAAGAACAGCUACGAUGUGCAGCUGCAAGUGAAGUGUGCCAAUUCUUUUCUGAAUUACCUGAUGAAGAUUCAAACACAUUCCAUUCCCGGGAAAUCUAUCCAUAUUCUGAUGGCGAAUUGUCUUCUCUUGAGAGUUGUUCCUAUGAUCGAAUUUCUUCACCAAAAAGUGACUCUGAAUUGGUUGUUAAGCCACACGAAGGAUCUUUUGUAGGAACAGAGUCUCGGAUGCAGUGGGCAUGGGGAGGUUUUCCACAGAUGAGUAAAAUGGAAAAGUCUGAACAACCAAGAGUGGCCACCAUUACACCUUCUGAGCAUACACAUUUCAGAGUCAUCAUGGACAACAGUGCAGCAGAAGCAACUACUUCUGAUUCGUCUGAUAUCAACAACACCAUAACCGUUUUCAAGCCACAGCCUCGGACCCAAAGAAGUCCUUUGCUCGAAACAUCAGUGGAACAAACAGUUCUAUCCACUGCAGGGGAAACUUUUUUAGGAGAUGACUUAUGGUCGUUGGACCAAACAGAAACUGUGACAGAGACUUCUGUAAUGAACUCGACGGAACAACCAUCACUUUCAGAAGCUGAACUCUGUGCAUCUGAAGAGAAGGGUGAUGUCUUUCAAUCAACUUUGCAGCCAGAAGCUGACAGCCCUUCUUUGGAAAGCAGUAACAGUCUUUUGCAGCAGAUGGUGUGCUCUGAUGGUGCUGCAAAAACAGAUGAAAUGGAUAAAAAGAGAGGUGGAUCUAAAAGAAGCCAACAUCUGGGUCCUUGUGAUAUCUACUUGGAUGACCUCCAAAAGCUGGAUCCUAAUAUUGCGGCUCUGUAUUUCCCUAAGAGUGAGCAGGAGUCAGGUUCGAAACUGUUGAAUGAACCCGGUACACAUUCAGAGUCCCAAUCUCCUCAAUCGGUCGGAAGUGCGGCUGCAGAUAGUGGUACGGAGUAUCUCUCCGAUUCGGCUAGUGAGCUACCUGAUGUAAAUCUCUCUCUCUGUGGUGGUCUCAAUGAUAACAAUGAGAUAUCCCAAGGGAAAUUUGUCCAACAUAUGGUCACAUACCAAGAUUUGGUGGAAAAUCCUGGAAUAAUCGAUGAUCCAAACCUGGUUAUUAGAAUCAAUAAAAAGUAUUACAACUGGGCUGUUGCUGCUCCUAUGAUUCUCUGCAUUCAAGCCUUUCAGAAAAGUUUACCUAAGGCUACAGUUGAUAAAUUGGUAAAAGAAAAGAUGCCAAAGAAGACUGGCGGUUGGUGGUUCUCCUGGCGUAGAAAAAACGCUGCAGUAAAAGAGCCAGAAUCUACUAUCAAAAAGGGCGAUGAUCAGAGUCAAACAGGAGAAGUUAAACAAUCUGGCUUACUGGAAAAUUGCAGGCGUAAGGAAGAACUAACAUCUAGUGAUGAUGACUUCAGUACUAUUAAUGAACGUCCAAAGCCAAUUUCUAAAUGUCGCGAUUCCCCUUGUCAAAGUGGUAUAGCGACAUACAAAAAAUCACUGAGAUUGUCCACUGAAAAACUGCGCAGCCUCAAUCUGAAGGAAGGUCCAAAUAAUGCUGUGUUCAGUGUGACAACUCAGUAUCAGGGAACCUGUCGAUGUGAAGGUACCAUUUACCUCUGGAACUGGGAUGAUAAGGUUAUAAUAUCUGAUAUUGAUGGGACAAUAACAAAAUCAGAUGCUUUGGGUCAUAUUUUGCCACAACUGGGAAAGGAUUGGACUCACCAGGGGAUUGCCAAACUGUACCAUAAAAUACACCAGAACGGUUACAAAUUUCUUUACUGCUCUGCCCGUGCAAUAGGAAUGGCAGAUAUAACCAGAGGAUACUUACACUGGGUUAACGACAGAGGUACUGUACUUCCCAGAGGACCUCUCCUGCUGGCGCCUAGUAGUUUAAUUUCAGCAUUGCACAGAGAAGUAAUUGAGAAGAAACCAGAACUGUUCAAAAUUCAAUGCUUGAAUGACAUCAGGAAUCUAUUUAAUCCACAUAGAUCUCCGUUUUAUGCUGCUUUUGGAAACAGGACUAAUGAUGCCUAUGCCUAUAAAGAGGUCAAUGUACAAGAAAGCAGAAUUUUCAUUGUAAAUCCCAAAGGAGAGCUAAUUCAGGAACAAACGAAAAGCAACAAAUCAUCGUAUUCACGGUUGGGUGAAUUAGUAGAACAUGUAUUCCCGUUAAUAGCACAAGAAAGAAGCUCAGCUUUUCAUUACCCUGAAUACAGUCAUUUUGCAUAUUGGCGCGAACCACUUCUAGAACUUGAUGCAGAUGAGCUCAAUGAAUUUAAAACCUCGAAAGAUUAAUAAAAAGGCUUUUCAAGAACUUUGAUUUGUAAGCAUAUUAGUACCUUUGAUUAUAUUAGAGCACAUUGUGAUCUGUAACUUCUGAUUUGAAGUCCAAUGAUCUGUAAGUUGAUUCGCACUUAAAAUGCAAUUUAUAAGUAUUUAAUCUUAAGUGAAUUCAAGUGGAGUUCCAACAGACGCCACUUGUAACGAUGCUCACAUUACUAUUUCCCCACCUAGCAGUUUGCACAUUGACGGUUUAAAUAAAUCUAGGGUACAGCUGAAGCUAUAAAAUAGCCAGUUUGAAAAAAACUACUUGCUGGUGCCUGUGAUUGGGUCAGUAGUAAAUUGCAGUUGAUAAAAAAUUCUUAAUUGACUUCAAAGGACAUUUUCCUUGUAGUAUAGCACGUUGAACUCGGGAGAAUAGUUUUGGUACACUCCUUACAGGAUAGAGGAGGUAGAACUCUUUCAUUUACCUUAUCAACAUAGUAGAAAGUAAAUGCAGUUCUCAGGUAUCUGACACUUAAAUUGUCAGCCUGUAUUGGUGCAAUAGAGACUCCUUGUGAGAAAGUGCACUCAGAAUACAUUUAUGGGUUAGAGUGAGGCGGGGUUCAUCAAAACAAACAAAUAUAAGGAGGGCAGAAAUGCUCAAAAAGCUAUAAUUACUUGGUUGAAUGGAACCAAAUGUGGAGGAGGAUGGAGCAACUAACUGGAGGUCUUAUCUAAAAUAGAAUGAGGACAGGUAAUUUAGAGGCCUGGUUGUGAAGAGAUUAAGUUAGCAAGUUAAAUAUGGAGUCUGUGGUUGGAUGUCACACAAUACUGUUUUGGAAUCUGAAGGUAUUUCCCAGCUGCUGAAGUGUGACACAAAGCAAAUGGUAAAAACUCCAAACAGUUCAGCAUAAAUGAGGAAAAUCUGCAGAUGCUGGAAAUCUGAGCAACACACACAAAAUGCUAGAGGAACUCAGCAGGCCAGGCUGCAUCUAAGGGGGAGAAAAGAUACAGUCAACAUUUCAGGCUGAAAGCUUAAGCAUAGAUUCUACUGGACUUCUGAGUUCCUCCAGCAUUUUGUGUGUGUUGUUUAGUUCAAUAUAAAAGAAGCUUUAUCUUGCUUAAAAUUUUAACUUUCCUAGGGUCACAAGAAUUUGACUCUGAUGUAACUCUUAGCCAAGGCAAUGGAAUAAUUGCAACACAUUUAAAAAGAUGAUGGACUUGAGUAAAAAAAAUUAUAGUUUUUUUAGGUACUGUGGCAGGUACAGUGGAAUGUUCCAUGUGAGUUGCCGAGGAGAAGGCAAAUGUUACAUCAACUGUUCCAGUUUUACUGGUGUGAUCAGUGAGGAUUUUUGCUAUUGCUUUAGAAAAUUUGAUAUUUGAGUCUGAUUAUUUCAUCUUUUUCAGAGAAAGUCACCAUUUAUAAUUGAUACUUUCAGUCGAUUGUUUAUUCUUUGCUUUGUUUAUCUUUGGCAAAUACUGUACUUCUCUCAUUAGGUUUCCUUGACAAGUUUGACUUAGUCAAAUACAAGCCAUUUAUUUGACUCUAAAUUUCUUGGAGUUAUAACCUGAAGUUAAAAAUGUUGGUUAAGUGGAAAUUAUCUUUCCUAGGAUGUAUCUUGCACAUUCAAUUAUUAUACAUCAAUCAAAGGAGCUUUCUUGUUCCUGGGUGCAUUAAUAUGCAUCUUAAUUAGAAGUAAUGGUGAAAUUAAAUACAAUUCAGCAAAGUAAGACACUAGAACAUUUUAUGUAAGGAAUUUUUAGUAAUUUAGUUGUAAAUAUUUAAUGAACAUGCUAUUUGCUAGGAAGUAUAAACUCUGCUGGUAUAGUAAAUUAACAACCAUAUAUUGCUGAACCUCAGCAAUGAACCUCAACCAUGAAUUUGACCAGUUUUAGUUGAGGUAAUUAGAGUUGUGAGAUGGGUCAUAUGCAAAAGAAUCUUGAGAAACACAGGAUUCUGUCUCUUGCUUCAAUCAAGAUUCUUUUCUUGGCCUAGUUUAUAGUUAGCAAUAAACCUAGUUUAUAGUCAAGUAUUAAGGCUAUUGAUCUGACCUAAAGAGAGAGAUGUGUGUGAUAUUAAGACAACUGUAAGAGAGAAUGAAUAGAUCGUAGAACUGCAUUUACAUUGCAUUAUGGAAAAAAGUUAUCAUGCAAUAUUUGUGAGGUUUUAUAGGUGAGGAUUACCCCCUUGUUCUUCAACUCAAUACAAAUGCAUAAUUUGUUGGAUCUGAAUGUAGUGAUUCUCUUCUUACCAUUCAGCAAGCAUUGAUUGGGCAUUGAUUUAAAAAAAAGACCAUUUGAAAGGUUUGUUCUUUCUGUGAAAGUUCAAAUAUUUGUGAAGAGACUUUUAAAGCUCUUUUCUAUUUUAACAGUGCUUUAUGUACUGCCUGUAUGAAAUAAACUUCUUUUGUUUGUCAGAAAUUGCUUAAUGGAUAGAGUGUUCACUUAUUGUAACACAUUGAGUUGGAAUCAAACCGUAGUGUAGUACAGCAAGCAAAUGCUUACAAUUACAGUUCUGACUGAGGAAAAUUUUGUUCCUUGAACAGUUAUGCAAGCACUUUAUUAGACCAUCAAUAUCUUUUAUUAUUGAUUACAAAUUUGGUUAGACACAAUCUUAAGUGGUAUGUAUCUUUCACAUUCAAUUUUCAUGUUACCAAAGGAAUUUUCAUGUACGAAGGUGUAUUAAAAUAAGUCUUAAUUAUAAUGCCAGCAGAUCACUCCUGAAUCAAACUAAUAUGGCAUGGAAAAGUAGAAUUUUGAAUAUAUUUGAUUCACUUAUUAAAGGGAACUUGUUUUAAAGAAUGCUAUUGCUUGUUUCUUAAAUAUUUCUUAAAAAUAACUGGAAUAAUUAAAGAAAAUUGAACAAGUA